CGCUCUGGGGGCGGGGCGUACGCGUCGUGAUGUCACUUCCGGGUCUCGCUGGCUGCGUCUCGUCGUUGGGCCCAGCGGCAAGAUGGCGGACCUGUCUCUUGACGAGCUAAUACGGAAGCGCGGUGUGACGCUGAAAGGGAGGCUUAAUACAAGGCCAGUAUUUGGAGGUGUGAGAUCUCGCAUUGGCGUACAGCAAAACAUUCUAAACAGAUCGCCACCACCAGCUGUCAGCUUCCAGCGGACAUUUGAUGCCCGACAGAAGAUUGGACUCACUGAUGCCCGACACAAACUGGGGGUUAAAGAUGCCCGUGAAAAACUGGUUCAAAAGGAUGCUCGUUUCAAAAUCAAAGGGAAGAUGCAGGAUGCUCGAGAGAUGUUGAAUUCCCGUAAACAGCAAAGCGUUGCUGCUGAGAAGGUGACCAAAGUGGUGGAUGCCAGAGAGAAAAUCAGCUUAAAAAGAAGCACUCCAGCUACUAUCAGCCCAACUAUGGGGACAGUAAAUCCAGCCAUGAAAAUCACCAAAACUAUCCAAAAGGCUCCAGUUCCUGGACAGUCUCAUCCUCCGGGAAUGAGGAUCAAUGUGGUGAACAACCAUACACACAAACAGGGUCUGUAUGACAUGGAAGAUGAUGAUGACAGCAUCUCUCCCCUUAGUAGCAAACGGAUGAAGAUCACUACCACAAACAGUUUCCUGCACAAUGCGACUGGGCUGAGUGGCAAUAAAUUCUCCCUGUCCAAGACUGUUCCCCUGACUAAAGUGGUCCAGAAUGAUACUUACACAGCUCCACCCGCACCUCCCUCUCCUAUGCGGACAAAGGCCUUGACAAACAUGUCCCGGACCUUAGUGACAAAGGAGGAGCCUCCAAAAGAACCAGCACCUGUUGAGCUGGCGUUCAGUCCUUUGGAAGGCACAAAGAUGACCGUAAACAAUCUGCAUCCUCGAGUCACAGAGGAAGACAUUGUUGAGUUGUUCUGUGUGUGCGGCGCUCUGAAGCGAGCCCGGCUGGUGCACCCUGGAGUGGCGGAGGUAGUGUUUGUGAAGAAAGAAGAUGCUAUCACAGCAUAUAAGAAAUACAACAACAGGUGCUUAGAUGGUCAACCAAUGAAAUGCAAUCUUCAUAUGAAUGGGAAUGUUAUCACCUCAGACCAGCCUAUAUUGCUCCGAUUGAGUGAUACUCCUUCAGUGAAGAAGGAAGGGGAACCACGCCGGUCAAGUGCAAGCGCCUCCUCAAAUCCCCCAGCUGAGGUGGACCCUGACACUAUCUUGAAGGCACUCUUCAAAUCCUCAGGGGUCUCUGCCUCUGUGCAACCCACAGAAUUCAAAAUUAAACUCUGAGAAGGGAAAGUGCACAGUGGACUGGAACACUCAUCUAAGUUGGUGAAUGAGUUAAGUGCAGGAGUGCAGAUGUUAUUUGCAUUUGCCUGCAUUGAAUUUUUUUGUUUUCUAUGAUCGCUACCUUACUGUACAAUAGUGUUUCCUCUUGUGUGUGUACUUUUUGUUUUCAUAGUUGGAGUUUUCUUCCAUGAUUUUUUUUUCCGAAAGAAUAACCUCCCCCUUCUGCCACUAAUGUAUUACCAAGCGCAUACCAUGUAACUCCCUCCUUUAUUCCAAAACCCCUAGUGGCCAUUAAAAGUGCACAUAGACUUUGAGGGAAGGAGUGGUAAUCUCCUCCUCUUUUCUUCUGAUUGACCUUUUAACUAAAAGGUGCAUCCCCUUGAUUAUCACCAGACAAGAACAUCAUGUGGUUUCUGAAAUUGCUGUGCUGGGUACCAAAUCAGGUGUGGCUCCUGACAGGAAGCACCAUUUUGCAUCUUUGACUUGUAUGCACUCGGUGGCAGAUGACUUCAUUCUGGCUGUUGGACGAUUUUCUGCGUGGCAGCUGUGACACAGAGAAGUGUGAAAACCUGAGCUUCCUGCUGUGUAUACAAACCAACAGAGGCUUCAGGCAGAAAGGAUGUAUGCACGAGUGCACUCUCCAUUGUUCUGUAACAAUGGUACAACUCUGGUAAUGCAGAGAGGUGGGAAGCGGUGGGGAGAAAGGCUCUGGCAUUUGUACAGUAAACCCUUGUAGAGUCAGGCUUAGUUACUGUCUUCUUUCCAGACUGAAAAAUAAGAACUAGGCUUGUGUUCAGAGCUAGAGGAAAUCAAAGCAUUUCACUCCCAUUAAACUGUAUUGCAUCCUCUUGGUAGUGCAGGGACAUGAAUUUUUCCUUACUUUAUAACUUACCUGGUUUCCUAUGAAAAAGAAGAAGCUGAGGCUUUUUUUCAGAUACUAACACAUAGGAAGAAGUCUUUUUUUUUUUGUACCUGGAGACUCAUUUGAGAGAUGUCAUUUUAGCGGUGUUUGGGUGCUGUGUGGGCACGCUGCUUGAGCAUUGCUGCACUUAAUGGCUUCAGGGAGAGAUUUUGGAGAGGAGAGCUGUUAGCACUCUGUCAGGAACGCGUGGGAGAGGAGUGUUGGUAAGUCCUGUCCAGAGCAGAAGGGGUGUACCUCAUGAGAAUCUUUGAGCCACGGGCCACUGAGUGGCACUUCUGACACUUGCUUUGUUAGUACAAUGUGUUGCCAUGGAUGUUUGAAAUUCCUAUUUGUUUGUUCAAAUUGUACUAUAAGAGAAGAAAGCUUAAGAGCCACUUCCAGAAUCUGGUUGGGGUUUGAAAUUGGUCCUUCUAGCUAGGACACUAAUUUAAUCCAUUCUGUUAAGCUCUACUGAACUUCACUGAGCUGUCUGUAACUGUUGUAGGUCCAGAUUCCAUUUCUUGGUCAACCUUAUGUUUCUUUUUUGCUUUCUUGUUUUGUAUUAACUCUUUGCUCAAACCAGUUCAUGCAAACCAUUCCUCUAUCUCACUGUAUCCCUUUUAGCCAUGGAAAUAGCUGAGGACUUGACAGGACUUGUUUUUCCAGAGUACUCUCUUUGGUUUGGAAGCCAACACCAACAUUAUGGGUAGGGUGCUUCAUGUGAACAGCAGAUAUUUGUAGGGGAGGGGACCUAAACAGCUAUUCUCCUUUUUUAGAUUGCCCAUCAACCACCUGUGUUUUAAUAAAACGAAGAACUGGGGGGAGGGGGAGGAAACAUUAGGAAUUGGAGGAGAUAAUGUAUUAUCCGUUUCUGAAUAAACGUUUGUUAUACAGAG